GCCGUUACGUAGGUUGGUUAUCAGGGCUGUUCUUGCGUAUCUGGACUUCACAUCAUAUCUGUGUUUAACACUUGAACUCUUAAUUUUGUGUCUUGCUGGUGCGUUUGAUGAGAGUAUAUUUCCCGUUUAUUUUGCAUGGUUUAGUUUUAUAAUGAGUUCUGUUCAGCCACUGCGGGUCUAUACAUGCCUUCCCGUGUGCAUCGUGGAGGACCACCACGAUAGACUCUUCUGUCACAUAAGACACCUGACACCUUCCUCCACCCGUUCCAACCUGGCUGGACCCGUUUCUUCACCUCCUGACCACACUCACCAUUGCUCUGGACGGUUGACCCCAAAUCACAAUGUCAUCUGCAAACAUCAUGGUCCACGGGGAUUCCAGUCUUACCUCAUCUGUCAGCCUAUCCAUCACCACAGCAAACAGGAAGGGGCUCAGGACUGAUCCCUGACACAGUCCCACCUUAAAUUUGUCUGUCACACCUACAGCACACCUCACCACUGUUCUGCUGCCCUCGUACAUGUCCUGUAUUAUUCUAACUUACUUCUCUGCCACUCCAGACCUCCGCAUGCAGUACCACAGUUCUCAUCAAAGUCCUCAUCUUCUGUAUCCGAAAUGAACAGCUGGGCAAGUUCUCAAUCAAACACGCCAGGUGGUGUGCCAUAUAUAUCGUGCCAUUGCAUCAAGACAUCUACCCAUGAAGAACAUCAAGCUUGUUCAUUUAGACUCCCAUCCAGACCUGCUAAUUCCUGUCAACUUGUGUGCUGACACAGUUUUUGAAAAGGAAAAGUUGUUUAGACUGCAGUCAUCUUUUUACAGUGAGUUGAGUAUAGAAAACUGGAUCAUGCCCAUGGUUUAUGCUGGCCACGUCUCUUGUGUGGCAUGGUUGCAUCCCUACUGGGCGCAGCAAAUCAUAGAAGGGGAGCACAGGAUGACUGUAGGCAAAGACUCAUCCACCACCACCAUCAGGGUGACAAGUAAAGAUCAUUAUUUCCUCAGUGAUGGCUUGUAUGUUUCAGAGGAACAUCUUGAAAACCCAAAACCUCUUAUAUUAAAUGUGAUCAAAGUCAACCCUGUCAAUCGUCAGCAGUCUUUUACAGCUUACGAUGCAGCGAGGAACGGCGUUGGCUCCGUAGAUGGACACAACAGGGACACUUUCGGGAAAGAAAUGAAAACUGGGGAGGACUCUGAGACAUGGCUUGCCAAGAAACCCAGAAGAGAAUGUUCACAAGCUGGGGAGCCCAGUUGCUCUCAGCCUCUUUCAAGAACAACUGAUGUGCUACAGCUGGCAGAGGCCAGAUCUGUUAUUAAAGAUUCCAGACAAGAUGAACAGAGCUCCAGUGUAAAACGGGAUUACAGUGGUGAAGAUGAAGAAGGAUCCACAAGUUAUGUUGUUCAGAGGAUAUCAACUUUUCUGAGUCAGACAGAGCCAUACAUCCUGGAUAUUGAUUUGGAUUUCUUUUCCUGUAAGAAUCCGUUCAAGGAGUUAUAUACUGAGGAGGAAUAUGCCAUCCUUCAGGAACUCUACUGCUUCAGAGGACCUGUUCCUAAUGCUAACGAGGACGAGCUUGAUGAGUGUGUGGAUCGUCGUAUACGUCAGUUAGAGGACUUAGAAGCAGCAUUCGCUGAUCUGCUAGAAGAUGAUCGAGAAGAGAUUGUUACACAUUGGGUCAGGAAACUUGGAAAGGCGUGUUUUGUUCACCUGGUUUCCAGUUUGAAGUCAAGAAAUCCUCACCCAGAUUAUGAAAUGGUACAUCAGGCAGGUUUAACCUGUGACUCAAUCGAGUUGCCUCAUCAUAUUAGCUCUGAUGAAGAGAUUGACAGAUUUAUGUCAGCUGUACAACGGCUUCUGGAGCACCUGCCCAAACCUACUCUGGUGACGAUGUCCAGAUCCAGUCUAGAUGAAUACUGCCCUGUAGAGCAAGUGGAUUCAGUCCAACACAGAGUACUGGCUGUACUAGAAAAGCAGUAUGGACCAUUGGACAUACAAAAGGACUAUGAAAAUACUAACACGGAGGUUCAGGCCCACCAACAUACAUCCAGGACUCCCUUUAAGUGAUCUAAAUGUUGUGACAAGCGCUCUCUGCAUGUAAAUGUCUAUUUUUUUUUUUUUUUUUUUUUUUUUUUUUUUUGUCUGCAUGUUUAUAUAGUAUUCAUGCCAAAACUGGUAAAAAUAACAUGCAUUUUUUUUCUUGUAGCAUACAAGUUUUAUUACUGUAUGUGAGUGGCCUCGCUGACGCUCAAAAACAAAAGAAAAAUAAAACAGAGCACUUAUAUUAUUUGAAGUUAAUCUCAUCUAUAAGAGCAAUAUCAACCAUAUGUGAAGUAAGCUAAGAUGGACAAAGUCUGGCAGAAACAAACAGAAGAAUUUGACCAGUUGAUUUGUUGUAGUACAUGCAUCUCCUUCUACCCCAAAACAAAGGAGUCCUAAUAUCCAUACAUAGAGCAGUUGUGGCCGCAAGCACUUAUGCAGCACCAAUCCUUGGCCGAACCAGAACUGGAGAUUGGUUUCCCUGGUUACUGAUGUGUUGGGCUAAAAUGAUACAGACAACUGCACCAAGCUCAGGCCGAGUAAUUUAACUCAAUGCCAAAGUGUGAAAAUAAGUCUUAAUUCGGGAUUUAAACUUUUCUACUGAGGUAGCACCUCUAAUAUCCACGAGUUUUAUAAUAUCCACAUUCAGUUUUGUAAUAUCCACAUUCCAGAGUACUGGAGCCUGAAAAAAAAUGCUCUGCAGACUUCUUACUGGCUCUUGGAGUCACCAAAAGACCAGCGUGUUGCGAGCAUAGUGUAGUGACUCUGAUUAAGGUAUGAUUUUUACACCACUUUUAUGGCAAAAUUUGUAGACUAAAUCCAAGUCGAUGGGCGUAGUCUUGUCCGGUCGUACCGUCUUCUUGGACAACCUUUGACUCCCACCUCUUCUGCUCUCCUUCGUGUCUGGCUCUCGUUUUAACCUCGGCACGGCUCGACCGUGCCUACGCCCCUCCCCUUUCUUUUGUUCAAACACGCGGCUUGCAAGACCCAGUGACUGUUUUGUUUUUUUGUCAAUGUCUUUAUGUCUCAAAAGUGUUCUGUCAAUUGCUUUUCUGUUGUCGUACUAGAGCGGCUCCAAUUACCGGAGACAAAUUCCUUGUGGGUUUUUGGACAUACUUGGCAAAUAAAGAUGAUUCUGAUUCUCCCAA